AUGGCAUCUUUUGUUCGAAAUACCCUUUUUGAUGUCAGCGGAUUGGUUGCAGUCAUCACAGGCGGCGGUACAGGCAUUGGUCUCGCUAUGGCGCGGGGCCUGGAAGCAAAUGGAGCCAAAGUUUACAUUAUCGGCCGGCGCAAAGACAAGCUUCAGGAGGCCGCAGCUAUGGGUAUUUAUGGAAAUAUUAUUCCACUCCAGGGCGAUGUAACAUCAAAAUCCAGUUUGGAAGCUGUUGCCGCUUAUAUUAAAGCGGAAACAGGCUAUGUGAAUCUCGUCAUUGCCAAUUCCGGUAUUUUGGGUCCGAAUUACCCCGAAUUGCUUCCCAAGAAAGAUGGUGAGAUUCCCAGUAUAGAGGAGGUUCAGAAAGCCCUCUGGGCUCCCUCAAUGGAGGAAUUAGCGGAAGCCUACACUGUAAACGUGAUUGGUGUUCAAUAUACAGCAAUUGCAUUCUUGGAACUCCUCGACAAAGGAAACAAAGUGGGAAAUGUUCGACAAACCAGUCAAAUAUUGGUGACAAGCUCAAUCGGGGCCUUUUAUCGUGCAUGGCAACAAGCUGGAAUGGCGUAUCUUACAAGCAAAGCGGCCGUGACCCAUCUGACAAAAGCCCUUGCAAGUUAUCUGGUUCAGUAUAGGAUCAGGAAAGGCUUCGAAGCUGAUCACUCCUCUAUUUUACCAGCCUUUCGUUCGGAGUUAAUGGUCGCCAUGUUGGGCGAUAAAGAUUUCACUGUAGAGGGAUCUAUGCCAGCGACAAUGCAGCCACUGCGACGGGUGGGACGAGAUGAGGAGAUCGCUGGCACUGUUAUUUAUUAUGCCUCUGAGGCAGGUGCUUUCUGCUCAGGCGCGAUACAUGUGAUCGAUGGUGGAAGAUUGGGUAUUCAGCCAGGAGCAACAUACUAG